AGAGAGAGAGAGAAGGAUUCAAUUCAAAUUCCAGAUUCAAGAUCCAUUACUAUGUAAAAAAGAAAGGUUAGUGUAUCGUAUCUCUCUAAUCUCCAAACCUUUUAUCAAACAAAUCUCGAAAAAAAAACUAUAAAACCAAUCACCAUAGAUUCAAACCUCCAAAAAAUACCUUCUGAAUCCGUCACCAAUGGCCUUAAAAACUGAUGAUAACAAAAAGUACAUUACAACCGAAGAUCUCAAAACACACAACAAACCCGGAGAUCUCUGGAUCGCGAUCCAAGGCAAAGUCUACAACGUCUCCGAGUGGAUCAAAUCCCACCCCGGAGGCGAAACAGUGAUCCUCAACCUCAUCGGCCAAGACGUAACCGACGCCUUCAUCGCAUUCCACCCCGGAACCGCCUGGCACCACCUCCAAAACCUCUCCACCGGCUACCACAUCAGAGACCACCAAAUCUCCGAAAUCUCCCGCGACUACCGCCGCAUGGCCGCGGAGUUCCGCAAACUCGGCCUCUUCGAGACCAAAGGCCACGUCACUCUCUACACUUUAUCCUUCGUCGCGGCGAUGUUCGCCGCGGUCCUCUACGGAGUCUUGGCCUGUACUUCCAUCCUCGCUCACCAGAUCGCCGCGGGGAUACUCGGUCUGUUGUGGAUCCAGAGCGCGUACAUAGGCCACGACUCUGGACAUUACGUCAUCAUGACGAAUAAAGCUUAUAACAGAUUCGCUCAGCUUUUGUCUGGUAACUGCCUGACGGGGAUCUCCAUCGCGUGGUGGAAAUGGACUCACAACGCGCAUCACCUCGCGUGUAACAGCCUCGAUUACGAUCCCGAUCUGCAACACAUCCCCGUCUUCGCGGUCUCUACGAAGUUCUUCAACUCGAUGACGUCACGGUUCUACGAUAGGAAACUUAAUUUCGAUCCCGUGGCGAGGUUCUUGAUCAGUUACCAGCAUUUCACUUACUAUCCCGUAAUGUGUUUCGGUAGGAUCAAUCUUUUUAUACAGACGUUUCUCCUACUAUUCUCCAGACGCGAGGUUACGGAUCGGGGUCUGAACUUAGCGGGGAUAUUGGUGUUCUGGACUUGGUUUCCGCUCUUGGUGUCGUGUUUACCGACUUGGCCUGAGAGAUUCUUUUUCGUGUUUACGAGCUUUACAGUCACGGCGCUUCAGCAUAUUCAGUUUACGCUUAAUCAUUUCGCUGCUGAUGUUUACAUGGGUCCACCGAAAGGAGGGGACUGGUUCGAGAAGCAAGCGGCGGGGACGUUGGAUAUCUCGUGUAGUUCGUAUAUGGAUUGGUUUUUCGGUGGGUUGCAGUUUCAGCUCGAGCAUCAUUUGUUUCCGAGGCUGCCGAGGUGUCAUUUACGGAAGGUGGCGCCGGUGGUUCAGGAGCUUUGUAAGAAGCAUAAUCUUCCGUAUAGGAGUUUGUCGUGGUGGGAGGCGAAUGUUUGGACUAUUAGGACUUUGAAGAAAGCGGCUUAUCAAGCUAGAGAUGCGGCGAAUCCUGUGGUUAAGAACUUGGUUUGGGAAGCUUUGAAUACUCAUGGCUGA